AUUUUGGAAAUUUGGAUAUUGUAGUGAACAACGCCGGAAUUCUUGGAAAUAUCGAGAUGGUCAUCAAAAUAAAUUUGCUGGCAACAAUCCAAAUAUCAAAUUAUGCUUUCUUCGAUUUCCUUCCGAAGCAUAGGAAGGGCAAGGAGGGUGUCAUAAUUAAUAUAGCUUCGAUUGCUGGUUUGUAUCCAUUCCAUAUGUUUCCCGAUUAUUCAGCAUCCAAACACGGAGUGGUUGCGUACACUCAAGCUUUAGGAGCUAAUGCUCAUUACCAGCACACCCAAGUGAAGGUCAUGGCUCUCUGUCCAGGAGGAACGGAUACCGAAAUUUGGACAGGUAUGCAGGAAUACUACAAACAGUUUAUCAACGAUAUUGAGUUCACCUAUCAACCAGUUGAAAUCAUAGGCGAGAGUUUCAUCAAGGUUUUGAAAGAGGGAAACAAUGGUUCCAUUUGGAUUAUCAAGAACAGUGAACCUGUCUUCGAAUUUGACUACAAAUCAGAAACAUUGCCGAUUAUAACAAAACAAAUCUUUUAAAAAAUAUAUACGAGCAAAAUAUUUCAUUGGUUUGUGAUUUAAUUUGUGUUAGUAUAAAUAAAUAUAAUAAAAGGAAAGUUAAAUUUCCUCGUACGGCGGACAUAUCUGCCCCUAUCUUAUGCAAAAUGUCAUGCAAGGGCACUGUGACGGCGUAUUUUCACCUCUAAAUAAUAAAUUUAAAAAAAUCUACAACAUAACA